AACAAAGCCUUAUUUUCGACUUUAAAUUUUAUCUUUGAGCUCACAAGUGCAGUUGUCAAAAUCUUAUCACGUCCUUGAGUAUAAAAGGACCAUUCAAAUUUUUUGACGUUGCAUUAUUCUAUUAAAAUGAAGCGGUUAGUUUUGCUGUGCGUCAUUGCAGCAUGCUGCACGGCGAAAAUCAGCGCUGAAGAGAAAUGUGUGCCUUCGGUGACUCGCUCGAGCUCUGUGAAGGGAAACAUCUGCAAAGGAGCCCUCAUCUUUGAAGACAACUUUGAUUUCUUGGAUCUGUCAAAAUGGAGCCACGAAGUGACCAUGGCCGGCGGUGGCAACUGGGAGUUCCAAGUCUACUGGGCCGACCCUGCCAACAGCUUCACUCAGAACGGAAAUUUAAACAUCCACCCUGGCAAGUUGGCUGACAUUUACGGCAACGAUUUCCUCUACAGCGGCACUUUAGACUUGGGUCCUACCUGCACCCAGUCUUGGAAUUAUGGUUGCGUAAGAACUGGAAAUUCUGAGAACAUCAUCAAUCCUGCAACCUCCGCCCGUCUCCACACAAUCAACACCUUUGGUUUCACUUAUGGACAGGUUGAGGCUCGCGCCCGUAUUCCUGCCGGCGAUUGGAUUUGGCCUGCUAUUUGGAUGAUGCCCCGUUAUGACGUAUAUGGUGGAUGGCCCACUAGUGGUGAAAUCGACAUUAUGGAAUCACGUGGAAAUCGCGAGUUGGGAUCCUUCGGCGGCGCCGGCGUCAACAUUGGCGUAGAACAGAUCUCGUCCACCAUGCACUGGGGCCCAGAUCCAGGACACAAUAGGUACUACCAGACCCACUGGGAGAGGAACUCUGCCGCAGGAAAUGGUUACAACAACGAUUUCCAUCUGUACCAAGUUGAAUGGACCCCUGAUUACAUCAAAUUCGCUAUUGAUAAUGUUGAGUUGGGCACUGUUGCUCCUCCCCCUGGUGGUUUCUACGAGCUGGGUGGUUUUGCCAAUGAGGGUAUUGGUAACCCCUGGGGCGGCUCCAAAAUGGCACCUUUCGACCAAGAGUUUUAUCUGAUCCUGAACGUGGCCGUCGGUGGAACCAACGGUUUCUUCCCCGACGGAGUUGCCAAUCCUGGCGGCAAACCCUGGGUCAACGGCUCUCCAGUGGCGUUCAGAGACUUCUGGGAAAACAGAGCUCAGUGGGAGCCAACCUGGCAGGGCGACACCACCGACAUGCUGGUCGAUUACGUCAGAGUGGUUUGCCUCUUUUUGGCGGACGUUGACGCACAAUGCGUGCCUUCGGUCACUCGAUCGUCCACUGUCAAGGGAACGAUCUGCAAAGGUGCCCUGAUCUUUGAGGACAACUUUAACUACCUGGACAAGAGCAAGUGGAGCCACGAAGUUACCUUGGCCGGCGGAGGCAAUUGGGAAUUUCAAGUUUACUGGGAUAAACCUGCGAACAGUUUCACCAGUAAUGGAAAUCUGAACAUUCACCCCGGAAAACUCGCCGACAUUUACGGCAACAAUUUUCUUUACAGCGGAACUAUGAACAUGAACCCUGGCUGCACACAGGACAUGGCUUGGGGAUGCUCGAGGACCGGAAAUGCGAAUAAUAUAUUGAACCCCAUUACCGCCGCCCGCCUGCACACGAUCAACACGUUUAGCUUUGCGUACGGAAAGGUUGAAGUCCGGGCCCGUUUACCUGCUGGUGACUGGCUGUGGCCUGCUAUUUGGAUGAUGCCACGGAACAGCGUUUACGGCGGUUGGCCGACUAGCGGUGAAAUCGACAUAAUGGAAUCCAGAGGAAAUAGGAACCUCCGCUCUGGCAAUGUCAACAUCGGCGUCGAACAGGUCGGCGCCACCAUGCACUGGGGUCCCAAUCCCAACAACAACCGUUUUCAACAGACCCACUGGGAGAAGAACUCUGCCCAGAACCAAGGAUACGACAGAGCUUUCCACCUUUAUCAAGUCGAGUGGACUCCCAAUUAUAUCAAAUUUAGCGUGGACAAUGUUGAAAUAGGCAGAACUACCCCUCCAGCUGGAGGAUUUUAUCAAAUGGGUGGUUUUUCAAAUAACGGCAUCGCAAACCCUUGGGCUUCUGGCACCAAAAUGGCUCCAUUUGAUCAAGAGUUCUACCUGAUCCUGAACUUGGCUGUCGGUGGCACCAAUGGGUACUUCCCUGACGGAGCAUCCAACCCUGGUGGCAAACCCUGGUCAAACGGCUCUCCCACCGCUUACAAAGAAUUCUGGGAAGGACGUGGUCAGUGGGAACCGACCUGGCAGGGUAGCUCCACUGACAUGCUGGUUGAUUACGUCAAAGUUUGGGCUCUUUGAGUAAAAAUUAAUUUUUAAUUUUUGAAAAAAAAAUUGAUGAAAUGUUUCUUGUAAAGGGUAAAUUUUUUUGAAUAAAAUUCACCAAUUAAAAUUUUUGCAACAUA